AAACUCAUUGGAGAAUAAAAAUCACUUUUUCAGUAUUCAGUGGCCUUUUCACUAAUUUAGAGUGAGAUUGAGAGAGAAGGAGACAGAGAAACCAAAUAAAGGUUUCCAUCAAUCAUUGAAUCACACCACAAAGCUGCAAAAAUCAUGUUACCCUGACCUUCAGGGAGUUAAUUCUGGUAAUGGGUAAUGUUAGUGGAAGGAAGGAUGAGGCUGGCCCCUCUGCAACCAAGAAUCAAGAGGGUGAAGACUAUAUGGAGUUUGCACAUGGUGGGGCGCAGGGUCCUUUCCCACAGUCCAUGGCUCAGUCCCCUCCUUCUAGCCCUAGGGCUUACUGCUCCACUGCCAUGUUCAAUUCCCAGAUCGCCGAGAGUCCUUUGCAAAGGCCUGAUGAAGUAAUGCAGGUUCAAGGCACUGUAUCAACCCGGAAUGCAACUCAGAAUGAUGGUAGGUUUUUUGAGACUGGAAUACCAACAACAAUCACAUGGAGGUUCGAUGGCAAGCAAGUAGGAAUUGAGGGAUCAUGGGAUAACUGGAAGACAAGAGAUUUCCUAGAAAGAUCAGGCAAAGAUUUCACAAUUAUGAAAGUGCUACAAUCAGGUGUUUACCAUUACCACUUUAUUGUUGAUGGGCAGUGGAGGUGUUCUCCAGACUUGCCACAGGAACGCGAUGAUAUUGGGAAUAUUUUCAAUGUUUUAGAUUUACAGGAUUUUGUUCCAGAAGACCUCGACAAUAUUGCUGGCUCAGAAUCUCCUCCUUCUCCUGCUUCAAGCUAUAACAACACACCCUUCAGUUUAGAAGAUUUUAAUGAAAAGUUGCCCGAAUUACCGCCUCUACUGCUACAGUCACCACUAGCUCAGCCGUCAUCAUCCAGGCAGAGUUCUGAGUCUCUGGGGAAACCUUUAGUGGCAGUGCUGAAUCAUCUAUACAUUCAGAAGGACCGUAGUGGCCAAUCUUUGGUGGCUCUUAAUUCCACUCAUCGCUUUCGCACAAAAUUUGUGACUUUAGUACUUUACAAGCCAUUGAAGAAGGUAAAGAAAUGAAACUUCCAAAAUCUCUGUGGUUCGAAAUAUAGAACACAAUGUCUGGUUAGGAAAGAUGUUAAGCCAAUUGCGUUCAUGGGUUUGAAAAAAAAAGUUGAGUGUUGGAAAAAGUAGUAGCUUUGACAUAUAAACCUUUUUGUUGAAAAAGUAGUAUUUUGGGCAUGAUAAUUCAUCCUCUUGUUGUAACAGUGAUUCUCUCUUAUAUAUAGACUUCAUAGUGGAAGAUGAUUUUGAAAUACUGGUAAAUGUAUGCCUCCAUACUGAUUUUUGUGUGAUCCUCUGGAACUGAUGGAUCUACAACAUGGACAAGCUAAUUGGAAUUUCAAUUUAUACCCACCAUGUAGCUUAAUCCUAAACUUUUUGAUGAUUGUGUCUCACUGCAUACUUACUAGAUCUUGAGUUCUUUUGAAUUUUAUGCUUAAACGUUAAAUUCAGCUUAUUGCAACCCCCCCCCCC